ACGAGCUGAUUAUAUUCGAAGAUGCAAUGCACAAUGAGUCCUCGAGCUUUAACAGCGAGACCCUGACCGACGGCGGCUACCCAGUGACACAGGCGAGCGCUGAGAUCCUUGGUGAGUCUGGAAAUGAGGCCAGCUUGCUGAGAGGGACCGUGAAUACAACAGGUUGCAAUGGGUCGAAGGACACUGAGGGUCCGAGGCCAGGGGCUGACAUGAGAAGGGCUGGGCGAGCCGGAGCUGUGAGCCAGUCUCUGGAUCAGAAGGAAGGAGCCCUGGUGAAAGCUGACAUCGCAGGGGCUCACCGGAAUACAGGAGUGCACAACGAUACGACUUCCAACACACAUGCAGAAGCGACUGGAUCUAACAGUGAAGGAGAGGGGAGUACAAUAUUUAAGGAAUGGAUUUAUCCAAAGAGGACUGAGGAAGAAGCAGUACCUUCACACCAGCCAGACCCUCCUGAGAAACAGGAAUUAAGGAGGUGGAUCGUUGCACCAAGUAGGGACCACGAGGCAAUGAGACAAACCACCAAGGUACGUGGAUUUGAAGCCAAGCAGAAUGACGCUCGAGAGAAAGAGAAAGCCCAACGUAUCUGUGUAUCCGAGAGGUACAGAGACAAUGCCAUCGAAAGAGAUGUCUACACACUGCCAACAGUAAAUAUAACUAUCCCCUCCAGUGCGGGCUACCUUAUAGAGAAACAGGCUGGUGAGGAAGAUACUCUAAUCAGCGCAUUGUCAGUGGAAAACCAGGGCCAGGGCUUCUUUUCUUUCCAGUCUAAUCCCACAACAAAUGAGAGGGGAUGGCAGGAAAGGAAUGCAGCUGGCUCAAGAGAGUGCCUCAUGGACCCUGAUGAUACAGCCCUGUUGCCUGCCAUGGGGAAAGACCUGCGAGAGUUCUCUGUCAUUGACUGUGAGGUGUCCUUGGCUGGAGAGGUGGGCCUCGCUGCUGGAAGAGGACAGGCAGAGGUCUGGGUGGCAAACGGUGAUCUCCGGGCAGGGAAUGAUGAGCUGGGCUGCAAUGCAUCUGUCGUGGCCCCAACCGCUGGCGGUGGUGACAUGGAGCGGGAAUGCCCCGUCUGCACCGAGCCGUUUGACACGGAUGCUCACAAACAGGCCCAGCUGAACUGCAACCACAGCUUCUGUGACAGCUGCGUGAAGACCAUUAUGGAGAAAGCAGCCGCGAGGAGCAGUAGCCAGAUUCGGUGCCCUGUGUGCCGCCAGCGAACCCCGAUGCCCGAGUGGGAGAUCCGCCAGCUUCAGGAGGAGAUGACAUUCUUGAGCCAGUCACAGGCAGGCAGAGCUGACGGGCUGGUCGAGGUGCCAGCGCACGCCGCAUCCCAGAGGGGGCUGUGCAGCUGGCUGGAGCAGGGCCUCCAACAGAGGCUGCGGACCACGCGGCGCUGUGGCUACUUGCCGUGUCUACGUUACCCACUGUGGCUCGUGAAUGCACUGGCACGAUGUGAUCAAAGCUGCUCGUGCUGCUACCUGUGCUCCAUCCUCCUCCUGUAUGGGCUGGAACUACUCUGCCUGUCUCUCAUCUUCACCCCUGUGAUCGUACUCGUUUUGCUCUUCACCUUGUUGGGCAAAGAGUGAGGCCUGGGCCACGGCCAGCACAUCUGCACUCUUGUACUUAACACCUUGGCAAUGAAGUGAUGCUGUGCUGGAAUUCAGUCAUGGCACAGGAAUGCUGGACCAGAGAAACACUGGAAAUCACAGGAGUGCCAUGGUGGUAGGCGAGGCCAGCUCCUCUGGUGGAUGGAUUCGAAUCUGGGGAAUAUAGAAGGCAAGUGAGCUGACUACCUGCCUUUUGAUCACUGAUGGGAUCCCUCUGCUGCCGGGGAAGGAGCCUGUGUGGCCCAUCGCUGAACUUGGAGGAUAGGCCUCAGCGUCUCUCUCCUUCGAUGGUGUCGCUGAGAUUCUGUGCUUAUGGAUUUGGAUUAUUUACUAUGAACUCGUCUAUUGGUUUUUAUAUUCUGUGCUUUUGCUCGUUCUUUCUCGUUGUUUUAUGUGGGGAGAAGGGGGUUUGGGAUUGAU